GUCUCUUCCCCGACGUCCGCGAAGCCUUCCCGUCACGAUCAUAUGACGGAAGGCGAUUCCUCACAUUCACGGGAUAGAAGUCGGAAGGAGUAAAUAACAGUCAGGCCGCGUCAACGGAAGAGAGAAGCAGCUGGGUCAGAUAUUAAAAAGAGUUUUGUCGGGUUUAAUAGGACUAGUGGCCAUUGAAUUUGGUGUUUUAGCGAUUCAUUGAGAGAGAGCAUGGAUCAGAAGCCACCACCUUAUAACCCGGAGAUGGGCCCUCAUCCACCGGGACCCCCUCCUCCAUAUCAGCCUAUGCCACCCCCUCCACCACCAACGCAGAUUGGAUUCGUUGGUGCGACCCCAGGUGCUAGCACAACCAUCAUCACCACACAACAACCGACUUACGGAAGCAUCCCUGUAGUGGUCCAGCCUGUGCGGGGGGCAGAUGUUAUUGUUGUUGGAGGAUGCCCAGCUUGUAGGGUGGGUGUGCUAAGCGAAGACUUCACUCUGGCUGGUCUGUGUUGUGCUUUCUGGUUCUUCCCCAUCGGCAUCUUGUGCUGCCUAGCCAUGAGGGAACGACGGUGCAGCAACUGUGGAGCAUGCUUCUCUUAGUAUUUGAAAAGUUUGCCCACACACCUUUUCUUAUCUGUUUUUCUUGGUCUUGGGAAAGCAUAGAGUGGGAAGCACAACAUUUACACAAGAGUUUCUCACCAAAUUGGGCAAGGUUGUAUCGCUUUGUAGUGGUGCUUGCAGCCAUGUUCUUCGUUAUUAGGAGCAGACACUUGAUGAGAUGUUGCAAGGCAAAUCAAGAGGAUAUGCAAGCAUAGCCUCCAUAUGAUAUUUUGGUUACCAUCUACUUUUGGAUUUGCAUCUUGUGUAACUGUCAUAUAACUUAAAAAAAAAAAAAACUGCAGCCUAUAUGCAGCAUUAUCAGAGAGGAGAGGCCCUCUCCCACAAGUGUCUGCUCCUCUUUGUUGUAGCAGAACAACAAAAUACAGUCUUGUUUUCUGUAUUCUGUUUUAGUUGGACAUAGUUAGAUUUGUAUUUUAUAUAUAUAUAUAUAUAUAUAUAUAUUACAUAUGUAUAUAUAAGGAAAAUAUAUAGUUAUGAUAUAAAGGUUUAUGAAUAUAUAUAUAUAUAUAUAUAUAUAUAUAUAUAUAUAUAUAUAUAUAUAUAUAUAUAUAUAAUAGAUUCCUAUGAUGAACUUAAGAAAGAAACGUCCAUGUGAGUUAAAAUUAGGGCUUGAUUAUUGGCAUUAAAAGUACAAUUAAUUUCUCAUACAUGUACAGUAUCUUGAUUUUAAUCCCAAAAUAAAAUUUAUGAAUGCGGUUUCUGAAAUGAAUGAUUACCGCUCAAUUAAAAAAAUGUCAUGACCCAGAAUGGUCAUUACAUAAUGAUUUGGUAUGAAGUGAACACCUUUGAUCAGAUAUGAUAGUCCCGAACAGAUAUUUGUAUUCUUUUGUUCACUCUGAUAAAAGGUUUUCGAACUUCUUGUUUUUGACUCAUAUCAAAAGCAAAAGAAGACCUUGUUGUUGGACUUUUGAAAAAUAACCAACUUAUUUCUUCACUGUGAUUCAGGAAGUCAUCAGGACUGCUAAUAGGUUCCUCUAUUCUUAAUUCAGAUAUAUUUGUAUACUGAUUCCUGUGAGAGUUAGACAUGUAAGUACUUAUUCCUAUUUUUGGGGGUUGUAGAAUUUUCUUGUUCUGAAUAAUGUCUUGAUUCGGAAAAUAACGAGGCAUUUACAUACUCUGUUGAUUUCUCUAUAGUGUUGUAUGUUUUUGUAAAGAAAUAAAAGACAACUGUUA